GCAGGGCAAUGAGUGAGCUGCCACCACCAUCACCACCGCUGUGGUCACCAUUCCAGCCCGGAUCACUUCCUUAAAAAACUGCACAACAGUGCUGUGCACGUACAGAGCUGCUGGGAGCCAUGGCGGAGAGCGGCGGCGGCGGCGGUGGUGGAGGUGGAGGGCUAGGCGGGUUGCAGCAGGGAUCGCCGGCGGUGUGUGUCGCCUCCUCUGACUCGGUGCCUCCUGUGACGGUGUCGCUGGCUUUGCCGGUUGUCAGCUGCACCGCGGUUGCAGAGAGCGGCCGAUCCGCCGCCGCCGCGGGGAGUCAGCAGCAACAACAGCAGCAGCAGCGGGAGAGGAUUGCGCUGAGGAAGGCGCAGCUCCGCAACUACCCCCGGACAAAGAAACUGGAAAAACUCGGCGUUUAUUCCGCCUGCAAGGCUGAAGAAUCAUGCAAGUGCAAUGGCUGGAAAAAUCCAAAGCCCCCUCCAACUCCUCCAAGAGUAAGCCUCCAGCAGACAACUGUCAGUCUUACAGAACUGUGUCGGAGCUGUAACCAUACACUCACUGAUCAUGUUUCCAAUUUGGAAAAUGUAUCCGAAGAAGAAAUGAACAGGCUGCUUGGAAUAGUACUAGAUGUGGAGUACUUAUUUACCUGUGUCCACAAAGAAGAAGAUGCAGACACAAAGCAAGUUUAUUUUUACCUGUUCAAACUUUUGAGAAAAUGUAUUUUACAAAUGGGGAAUCCUGUGGUGGAAGGACCAUUAGGAAGUCCACCUUUUGAGAAACCCAGCAUUGAACAGGGAGUUAAUAACUUUGUGCAGUACAAGUUUAGUCACCUUCCAUCAAAAGAAAGGCAAACUAUUUGUGAACUGUCCAAAAUGUUUCUGAAUCGAAUCAACUACUGGCAGCUGGAAACUCCCUCACAACGGAGGCUUCGUUCACCAAAUGAUGAUGGUGCUGGAUACAAAGUUAAUUAUACAAGAUGGUUGUGUUAUUGUAAUGUUCCUCAGUUCUGUGAUAGUCUCCCACGACAUGAAACCACCCAGGUUUUUGGCAGGACGUUGCUCCGCUCUGUUUUUACUGUCAUGAGGCGCCAGUUACUGGAGAAAUCCAGGCAGGAGAAAGAUAAGCUACCAUUAGAAAAACAAACAUUGAUCCUUACCCAUUUUCCAAAAUUCCUUUCAAUGUUAGAGGAAGAAGUGUAUAGCCACAACUCUCCUAUAUGGGAUUUAGACUUCAUGGUGUCCUGUGGCAACAUCCAACUAGGAGUACAACAAGUUCCUGGGAUUCUGCCAAACACAAAAUCAUUUGGGUAUGGAUCGAGCCCAGCUUCUGAUCAAACCAACAUUGGAAGUUUGAGUCCUGUCUGGAGGAACAAAGCGGCUCUGAGCUCAGAGCAAAUAUUAGGAGAGAAAAGAAAACCUACAGAACCACUUACUAUGGAAGAUGCCAAGAGACAAAGAGUUUUGGGAGAUAUCCCAAUGGAGUUAGUGAAUGAAGUAAUGUCAACUAUCACAGAUACAGCUGCUAUGUUGGGUCCAGAGACUAGCUUACUAUCAGCACACGCAGCCAGAGAUGAAGCAGCAAGGCUUGAAGAAAGAAGGGGUGUAAUCGAGUUCCACGUUGUGGGAAACUCACUCAGCCAAAAACCAAACAAGAAAAUGAUGAUGUGGUUAGUUGGAUUACAGAAUGUUUUCUCCCAUCAAUUACCCAGAAUGCCCAAGGAAUACAUCACUCGGCUUGUUUUUGAUCCUAAACACAAGACCCUUGCUUUGAUCAAAGAUGGCCGUGUGAUUGGCGGUAUUUGUUUCCGGAUGUUUCCAACGCAAGGCUUUACAGAGAUUGUGUUUUGUGCUGUAACCUCUAAUGAACAAGUGAAGGGCUAUGGAACCCAUCUAAUGAAUCAUCUGAAAGAAUAUCACAUCAAACAUAACAUUCUGAACUUUCUGACUUAUGCAGAUGAAUAUGCAAUUGGCUACUUCAAAAAGCAGGGAUUCUCUAAGGAUAUAAAAGUUCCAAAAGUCAAAUAUGUUGGUUACAUUAAAGACUACGAAGGAGCCACUCUGAUGGGCUGUGAAUUGAAUCCAAGGAUCCCGUACACCGAGUUCUCAGUGAUCAUAAAGAAACAGAAAGAGAUUAUAAAGAAGUUGAUAGAAAGAAAACAAGCACAGAUUCGAAAAGUGUACCCAGGACUCUCUUGCUUUAAAGAAGGAGUGCGACAGAUUCCUAUUGAAAGUAUACCUGGAAUAAGGGAAUCUGGUUGGAAGUCGAGUGGAAAAGAAAGAGGUAAAGACUCCAGAGACCCUGACCAGCUUUACAAUAUCUUAAAAAACAUCCUGCAACAAGUAAAGAGUCACCAAAGUGCUUGGCCAUUUAUGGAACCAGUUAAAAAAACUGAAGCCCCUGGCUAUUAUGAAGUCAUUCGCUUUCCAAUGGGUUGAAAGAUUCUACAACUGACAAGGCUCAACUACCAACACUAAGGGCCUACUGGAUUCCAAUAAGCCUGACCUCAUGGAAACCCAGAACCAAAGCUUCAACAGCAUGGGUACAAGACUUGACCCCAUGGUGAUCAAAGAUAGAGGAGGCCUGACAGAACCAACCACAAGACUCCCUAGAUGCUCAAGACCUCACCCUGGUGCCCAGAAUCUCGUUGGAAGCACACCCUUUCCAGAGCAGCAGACUUUCCUCACUGAUGCCCGGGAUCAACUAAGAGCAAACACCUAUUCAACAAACGUAGGAGACAUACUGGACUUCAGGUGGAGACUAAAACUUCAGGGUUUCAAGUACCCCUCCCCAGCACACUCAUGGCAAAUGUCCAGGCCAUGGAGAACAAAAUAAACAAAGAGAACAAAGAAAAUUUACAGCCCAGGAACAGCCCUUUGGCCCUCAAGCCUGAGCUGAUCAGAAUGUACUGUAUAAACCUGUCGGUUGGUUCCUAAGCAUCUGUAUUCCUCUACUCCCCACCUAACUUAAAAGGAAAUUGAGAAACUGCUGAGUUACAGAGACAUGGCUCCCUCCUGUCACACCUGACUAUGCCUUUCAACAUGAGGAUUUCUGAGUUCAAUGGAUAUACCACUCAGUGUCCUCAGACAAGGCAUGUUGGGGUCUGCCUCCUAAUCAACAGCUCCUGGCACGCAGACAUUGCAACCCUGGUGAUUAACUGUUCCCCAGACCUAGAAAAUCUUACAGUUCAAUGCCAACCCUACUACCUGCCACACGAAUUCACCUCCGCUACCCUGACAGUGGUCUACAUCCUCACCCACGUGGAAGUGAAGACAGAAUAGCCCAAAACCAUGUUCAUCUUAACUUGUGACUUUAACCAGUCCAACCUUGAGAAUGUGCUACCAAAAUACCAUCAACAUGUCUCCUGUCCCACCAGAGGUCCGAACAUUCUUGACCAUUGCUAUACAACCAAAGAUACAACUACCCCAUUCCUCAUCCACAUUUUGGAAAAUCAGAUCACAUUGCCAUGCUCCUCUUCCCAGUUUACAAAGCAGAAAUUGAAGCAUGAGGAACCAGUACAGAAAAUAGUGCAGUGUUGGUCUGAGGCAAUGGAAGGGCAUUCAUACGACUGCUCAGAGUCGAUGAACUAUUCCAUGUUCAAGAAUUCA